UAACUAAGUUUACCGACAUGAAGACAUUUAUUUGUUUACUGGCGCUGGCAGUUGCCACUUGCAAGGCCGGAUUCGAUUCUGGAUAUGAUCAAGGAAACAACGGGCUAGGAGAUAAUGGUGGAGGUUACCACUUCGCUGCAUCAGGCGGAGGCGGAGGUCAUGACUUUUCGGGAGGACAAAAUCACGAUUUUGGUAAUGCUCAGGGUGGACAUGACUUCUCUAGUGGUCAAGGAGCUCAUGGAUUUAAUGGAGGGCAAGAGGGUCACGACUUUUCCGGAGGUCAAGGCAAUGAUCAUACCUUUGCGAUCGCUCAAAACCAAGAUUUCUCAGGACACGGUCAACAAAACUUUGAUGCUGGCGGCCACGGUGGCGGACAAAACUUCGGUGGCGAUUCAUAUCUUCAAGCCGUUCAUGAUUUAGGUCACAAUUUUGAAGGUGGUAAUGCCGGUCAUGGCGGUUUUCAAGGUGAUAUAUCUGGUCAUGGCAACGAAGAAGGAAAUGGCAAUUACGGUGGACAUAGCUUUGGAGGACAUGGCAACAACGGUCAACAAGGUUUUAUCCUGCAAGACGGUGGCCACGAGUUUGGUGAUCAACACAACUUUGGACACGCUGAAGCUAUUCCAGUAGGUGAGCACAUUGACGAGGAGCAUCCCGUUGAAGUACCUCUUUACAAACACGUGACUGUCCCGAUCCACAAGCCAAUUCACGUGAAUGUGCCCAAGCCUAUCCUUAUUGGCAUUCCUCAUCCUUAUCCCGUCAAGGUUCCUGUUCACAAGCCCGUAGCUGUUCCUGUUGAGACUGAAAUCUCUAUUCCAAUUGAAAAAGUUGUUCCAUACCCCGUUGUUAAGCAUGUUCCUUACCCUGUUGAAAAGCACGUUCCUAUCAAGAUCGAAAAAACCGUAACAGUUCAUGUGCCCCAGCCUUACCCUGUCAAAAUCCCGGUUUACAAAACCAUUCAUCAUAAAAGCCACCACUAAUUAAGCUGUAUGUGUGCUCUAAU